GUCAGCUACCUUAAAACUUUUGCCAACCGUCUGAAAAUCUGGGCUCUGAGUGACACAAUCUGAUUCUGCUUUUCUCACAACACACACACAGAGAGUUCACACACACACACUCACUGUUUUUGUAUAUAUAUAGAAGAAGACAAGAUGAUGAUUCAGGUUCCAGAAAAAAACCCUUCUUCCUGUAAACCCUGCGGCAAAGAUUUCUGAUCAGAGGUUGCGCAGAUGCUGAAUUCAGGCGAAGACAAAAGCAAUGUGGUCCAACUGCCUGAAGGAGUAACGCCAUUUAUACAUAUUAAUCAGAAUGAGUUUCUAGGGCGAAAACAUAAGAAGCUGAAAGAAGAGGAUAUCGCUAUUUGUGAGUGCAAGUAUGAUGCCAGUGAUCCUGAAAGUGCAUGUGGAGAAGGAUGCUUGAAUGUACUGACCAGCACUGAAUGUACACCAGGAUACUGUCAUUGUGGUGAGAAUUGCAGGAAUCAGAGAUUCCAGAAAUGUGAAUACGCGAAAACCAAGUUGUUCAGGACUGAAGGGCGUGGUUGGGGUCUUUUAGCUGAUGAGAAUAUAAAGGCUGGACAGUUUAUCAUUGAAUACUCUGGAGAAGUGAUAUCAUCUGAAGAAGCAAAGAAAAGGUCUCAGGCUUAUGAAGCUCAUGGGCUUAAAGAUGCAUACAUAAUUUCUCUGAAUGCUAACUAUUUCAUUGAUGCCACUCGGAAGGGAAGUUUUGCAAGGUUCAUAAAUCAUUCAUGCCAUCCAAAUUGUGAAACAAGGAAAUGGACGGUGUUAGGGGAAACAAGGGUAGGAAUAUUUGCAAAGCAAGAUAUAUCUGUUGGAACGGAGUUAGCAUAUAACUAUAAUUUUGAGUGGUAUGGGGGUGCAACUGUUCGUUGUCUAUGUGGAGCUGCAAAAUGUUCUAUAUUUCUGGGUGCCAAGUCUCAAGGAUUCCAGGAGUACAACCAUGUCUGGGAAGAUGGGGAUGUCAGAUAUUCAGUGGAGGAAGUUCCACUUUAUGACUCAGCAGAGGAUGAACCUUUUCCAGUGAUCUCUGGAAUUGGAACUAGUGGAGGAAAUGAGCACACUAUGUGCAAGUUGGAGCUAAAUGCUGUGGAACCGCAUUAUUCAGCUCCACCCGGCAGCAUCGAAGUAAAAGCAAUGACCACUGAGGUGAAUGAGCAGGGUCAGUUGUAUCCUAUAGAUAUCCAGCAACAACUUCAGCAGGCAAAUCCAAUAUCUCGCAUCCGAAGUAAUAGCACAUCUAGGAAUUAUAAUAUUGGAUCUGGUUCAACACCAAAGAAGAAGUCUCAACAUAUUCCCAAGCGAAAGGUCAAAUCUUCCAGCCGUAAGCAAGUGAAUGAUGGCGAUUUUGCUAAAAUGUUUGCAUCAAAGGAAGCACGGGAAGAAGUUACUAAAUAUGAGGGGAUAAAAAAUGAAGCCGCUUCGAAGCUCAAUUCCAUAUAUGAUGAAAUUCGCCCUGCCAUUGAAGAGCAUGGGCGGGACAAUCAGGAUAGUGUGCCCACCAGCGUAGCAGAGAAGUGGAUCGAAGCAAGCUGCUCCAAAUACAGGGCAGAUUUCGAUUUUUACUUUUCUGUGAUCAAGAAUGUGAUAUGCCCUCGUCCAGCAACCAACGCCGAUGCAGCGGGGCCUUCUGAAGGAGGAGCCGAACCUCAAACAGCCAAUGCUGAAGUCAAGCCUUCUGAAGGAGAAGCUGAAUGAAGUAUUUGGCAAAUCAAUGACUUUAAAUCUGGUAUUUGAUACCAUUUGAUCUUGAAACAAUUUCGGACAAAUUCCUGUUCUAAGUUAGGCUGGACAUGGAAACUUAGGUUUUUACCAAACUAGACUUUGGUUGCUUCUCUUGCAGUCUUUCUCAGAGUUUGAACACUGAACACUAAAGGUUCAGGCUAUAACUGAAUUCUAAUAUGAUGGUUGGACGUGUCGUACUAUACUUUUGAUUGAUCUCUAUACUUGCCCAACCCCCUUAUUUUCGAGGAUCGCAA